CCUCGCCGCGGGCCUCGCGCUGAAGUUUGGGACGUUACCGGCCGGGGCGCUCUCCCCAGCUGGGGCGGGGGGGAAGGACCGGGAGUCGCUCGGUCGCCCGGGGCAGGAAGGGGGAUUCCCCGGCUAGCCCGUGGGACGGGACGGGACGGGACGGGGCGUUCCGCGCGGGGGAGGAGGCCGAGGAGGCCGCGUCCCUUCGGGGCGGCGACGAUCCCGCCCGCACCGGGCACCCCGGGCUGGGGCACGGUCACGCGCGGCUCUCGCUGGCGGUGACGUCACGGCCCCGCUGCCGGCGGUGGCCGCCCGCGGGCCGGGGCUCCGCCACACGGGCGGCGGCGACGCGCGGUGCAGGGACCUGCCUGGCGCCGCCUCCUCCGUCCCUCCUUCCGUCCCUCCCUGCGCUGCCCCAUGUUCGGGCUGGAGAAGCCGGCGGGGCGGCGGGAGCCGGGAGGGAGCGGUGGGUUUCCGAAGAUGGCGUCCGUGGGGGAUUUUAACGUCCUCAGCUCCAGCAUCCCGGCCACCAAGGUGGAGCUCUCCGUGUCCUGCAGAAAUCUUUUGGACAGAGAUACGUUUUCUAAAUCUGAUCCGAUCUGCGUUUUGUACACACAAGCCAUUGGAAACAAAGAAUGGAGAGAGUUUGGAAGAACAGAAGUAAUUGAUAAUACUUUAAAUCCAGAUUUUGUAAGAAAAUUUAUAAUGGACUACUUCUUUGAAGAAAGAGAGAAUCUGCGCUUUGAUUUCUAUGAUGUUGACUCAAAGAGUCCUAAUCUAUCCAAACACGAUUUUUUGGGACAGAUGUUUUGUACGCUGGGAGAAAUAGUUGGAUCACAGGGGAGCAGACUUGAAAAAUCAAUUGUAGGAAUUCCUGGGAAGAAAUGCGGAACAGUCAUAGUAACAGCAGAGGAACUGGGCUGCUGCCGAGAUUCAGUUUUAAUGCAAUUUUGUGCGAACAAACUAGACAAGAAGGACUUCUUUGGGAAAUCUGAUCCUUUCCUUGUAUUUCAUCGAAGCAAUGAAGAUGGCAGUUUUACAAUCUGCCACAAAACAGAAGUCAUAAAAAAUACAUUAAAUCCAGUGUGGCAGGCAUUCAAGAUUUCUGUCAGAGCACUGUGUAAUGGAGACUAUGACCGGACAAUUAAAGUAGAAGUGUAUGAUUGGGAUAGAGAUGGAAGCCAUGAUUUCAUCGGAGAAUUCACAACAAGUUACAGAGAGUUGUCAAGAGGGCAAUCUCAAUUCAAUGUGUAUGAGGUAAUCAAUCCAAAGAAAAAAGGAAAAAAGAAAAAGUAUGUUAAUUCUGGAACAGUAACAUUGCUUUCCUUCCUAAUUGAAACAGAAGUUUCAUUCCUUGACUAUAUUAAAGGCGGAACCCAGAUCAAUUUCACAGUAGCUAUUGAUUUCACAGCCUCAAAUGGUAACCCUUCACAGCCUACUUCACUGCACUACAUGAAUCCCUAUCAGCUGAAUGCUUAUGGCAUGGCACUGAAAGCAGUAGGUGAAAUAAUUCAGGACUAUGACAGUGAUAAAAUGUUCCCAGCUCUAGGUUUUGGAGCUAGACUGCCUCCAGAUGGAAGAGUAUCACAUGAAUUUGCACUGAAUGGAAACCCUCAAAAUCCAUACUGCCAUGGAAUUGAUGGUGUAAUGGAGGCGUAUUACAGGAGUCUAAAAUCAGUACAGCUUUAUGGACCAACGAACUUUGCCCCAGUAAUUAAUCACGUAGCCAGAUACGCUGCUUCAGUAAAAGAUGGCUCCCAGUAUUUUGUUCUUCUCAUUAUUACAGAUGGAGUUAUUUCCGAUAUGGCUCAGACAAAAGAAUCUAUAGUGAAUGCUUCAAAGCUUCCAAUGUCAAUAAUUAUAGUGGGGGUAGGACCAGCAGAGUUUGAUGCUAUGGAAGAGCUGGAUGGUGAUGUAGUGAGAAUUUCUUCAAGAGGAAAGUUUGCAGAAAGAGACAUUGUGCAGUUUGUGCCAUUCCGAGAUUACAUUGACAGAAGCGGAAACCACGUGCUAAGCAUGGCAAGACUUGCUAAAGAUGUUUUGGCUGAGAUCCCAGAGCAGUUUCUGUCCUACAUGAGAGUCAGAGGAAUAAAGCCAUCACCUGCGCCACCACCCUACACGCCCCCCAUUCACGUGUUGCAGACGCAGAUAUGACUGCUCCGAAGUGCUCAGCGUGUAUCGCAAGUCAAGAGUCCCUGGAUGCAGCAGUAGCUUCUGAUAACUUCCUGGAGCUGGAAAAAUUCUCUUCACAUACCAAAAUUCUCCUAUGGUUGCAUGAGCAACUGGAAAGCUUUUAAAUGCUAGGAGCAAAAUGUUGGUGUUCUCUCUGAAUCUUUUUUUUUUCCUUUUUUUUUUUUUUGACAAAAAAACCCUACUUUUUUGAUGUAUUUAUUGGAGGGGAAAGCACAAGUCAGGAUUUCAACUCAGAAGAUAUUGUCCUCUCUGAAUACUGUGUGUAUAUAAAUGUAUAGGAAUGCUAUUACUCUGUAUCAAUGUUUACAUGUUACUAUUUUUAAAUUUCAGUACUUUUAUAACUAUUCUUAAGAAUAAAAGUUUGGAAUAUUGACUCACAUGUCUUCUAGCUUGCAAUAGUUAGUCACAAGAUAACAAGAGAAGCAAUAUCUCUUUGAAUGUUUGUCCAGACAAAUACAAAUGAACGCUAAGAAAAGGACAAAUAUCGACGUGUUUUCCAAUACCUGAAUUGCUUCGAUCAGUUCUCAGUAAUCCGUUCAUUUCACAGUUUGAGAAUAAACUCCUAAAAUGUGAAUAACAUAAUUGCAUAUGGCUUAUCACUAACUCCAAACUUUGAGGGGGAGGUAUGUGUAUUUUUUCAGAGAUUCUCCAAUUUCUAAGUUUAUCUAAGUUUACAGUUUUUUAAACUAGUUGCUGAAGCAAAUUAGAAGAGUUACUUGCUAUAAGUAAUUAAAGAAAAUUACCUCAAAUCAGAACUAUCAGAGUAUUAUAGUUGACUCACUCAGCUCAUUAAGUCUUAUCAUGCAUUCCUUAAAGCACUGGAAAUUUUGCAUCAGAAAAGUCUCUUGGAGUGAUUACAGCAGAUGUUUUGUAAUGGACCAUUUUAAACUUAAUUUAAAAUUUUAACUUUUUUUGUCUAGAUUGCCCAUUCAAAGGGAUGCUGGCUCUUAAUAUUUGGGUUGAAUAUUGUCAUUUAAUCACAUUUCCAUUCAGGGUGCAUGAAUGAUAAUGUUAAUUAACUGGUUUCCAAAUUGCACAACCAUGUUGCUUUGUGCACAAUUUUGUGUACGGAACUACCCAAAAAUUUUAUGAUAUGCCUGUUCAUAUAUGAUUAUAAAAUGGUUUUGCAUGUACAGUUUUUACAAAAUACACAGUUUUGUGAGUUUGUGUCAGAUACAUUUUAUUUAGAACUAAUGGCCUUAAAUUUCACAAAACUCCUGAAAUGAUUGUGAAUUGCCUUCAGAUACUGUUAAAACUGAACAUUUUGAUUUUUUGUGUCACAGUUGUAACUGUCUUGUAAUGUAACUCCUUUUCUUUGCAUAUAACCUGUUUACUACUUCUGUUUCUUACUACUGUAUGUUGUAAUGUACAGUAUAAAACUAAGGUGCGUUUUUUAAGCAUGAGGAGUUUUUUGCCAGAGAGCGUAUCUUCAAUAUUAAUGGCAUAUAACUAUGUAAAUGCAGAAUCUUCCAUUUUUAAAUAUAUUUAACUUCCUUUAACUAUCUCAUGUGGGAAAUUACUUUUUCCAGAUAAUUAUUCUGUUAGUAAAAAAAAAAAAAAAAAGAAAAAGAUUUUUUUGGUAAAAAUAAAUCUUGUUUUAUUUUUAUUUCAAAACAGUUUUUACAUAAAUAUGGACUUUAAUUUUCUCACCAAAAUAUGU